AUGUAUGAGAAACUGGUGCAGAGUUAUGAAACUGGUGAAGUGAUCGAUUGUGUUGACAUCUUUAAGCAACCCGCUUUUGAUCAUCCGCUUCUCAAGAAUCAUACCGCACAGUAUGCUCAAGUAUCUAUGAUCGGUGGCAACUACAGGGGAGCUAAUGCAAAAAUUAAUGUGUGGAAUCCUACAGUAAUGUAUCCGGAAGUGAGUUUCUCUCAAAUUUGGCUCAUGUCAGGUCCCAAAGAGAAUUUGAACACUGUGGAGGCAGGAUGGAUGGUUACUACAGUUCCAAGUACUGGCAACCAGCCAGAGCUUUUCAUAUAUUGGACAAGUGAUGGCUAUCAGCAAACCGGAUGCUACAAUCUCGAAUGCCCUGGAUUUGUACAAACAAGUAGCAAGAUUGCUUUAGGUUCUCGGAUUCUACCGGUUUCCACCUAUGGUGGAAAGCAAUAUGACAUAACUAUAGGCAUAACAAAGAAUGAUGUCCUUGGGCGUUGGUGGCUGCGCGUUGCGGACGUGGAGGUAGGAUACUGGCCCGGAGAAAUCUUCACUACUCUAGGUGGCAGUGCCGAUGUAAUUAGUUGGGGCGGAGAGAUAGUCAACAGUGAACCGAAUGGUCGGCAUACGUCAACGGAAAUGGGGAGCGGCCAUUUCCCUUCUGAAGGCUUUGGAAAGGCGGCCUUUUUCCGCAAUCUUAAAUUUGUCGAUGACGGAUCCAUUGAGAGAGACGCCGAGAAUCUCAAGACGUAUGUAACAAGACCUGAAUGCUAUGACUUACUGCUCAAGGUGGACCCGCCAAAUCCAUUUGGAGUCCAUUUCUUUUUUGGGGGCUCCGGAUUUUCAGCUCAGUGUGCAAAUUAGUGCACAUAUGAU